GUAAGGCCUUAUAGUUCCAAAAACUACACUUCCUUAGCCAGGGAAGAGCGGCGAGAUUUGUUUUUAGCUUAGCACAAGCGAGUCAAUUGUGUAGUGCUGCUCCCGCUGAAAAAUCGGCUUGAUAUUAAUUCAGGUAACAUGCCCGUCCAUCGCGAUCGUGAAAAGAAGGAAAAUACGGCAGAAGAGAUGGAAGUCGAAGAACAUGAACAUGAGGCGUCCAGUUCUGACGAAGACGAUUCUGACACCUCGUCUGUCUCUGAAGAUGGUGAUAGCUCUGAAAUGGAUGAAGAGGACUGUGAGAGAAGGCGGAUGGAAUGUUUGGAUGAAAUGUCAACUUUGGAAAAACAAUUUACAGAUCUCAAGGACCAGUUGUACCGGGAACGAUUAAGCCAAAUAAACAGCAAACUUUCUGAGGUAGAGGCUGGCAAGGCAUCAGAGUACCUAGAGCCUCUUGCUGUAUUGCUUGAAAACAUGCAAGUCCGCACUAAAGUGGCAGGUAUCUAUAAAGAGUUAUGUCUUGAAUCUGUGAAGAACAAGUAUGAAUGCGAGAUCCAAGCAGCAAGCCAACACUGGGAGAGUGAGAAGCUGCUACUGUUUGAUACAGUGCAGAAUGAACUGGAGGAAAAAAUUAGAAGACUAGAAGAAGACCGGCACAGCAUAGAUAUCACGUCAGAACUCUGGAAUGACGAAUUGUCUGGACGGAAAAAAAGGCGUGAUGCUUUAAGUCCAGACAAGAAGAGGAGACGGCCUUCAGUGGUGUCUGGUCCAUAUAUAGUAUACAUGUUACCUGACUUGGACAUUCUGGAGGACUGGACAGCUAUCAGAAAGGCUGUGGCCACCCUUGGGCCCCACCGAGGAAAGAAUGACCAUGACAGCUCCGUGUUCCCACUCAGACCAGACAGAAACAGACCUAUACUCAACUGCUGAAGCAUCUAUCUGUCUAUGAAUGUCCAUGACAAAGAGACAACUACAAUCAAUGUCCCCACAACACAGACUAUAGCUCAUUUGUACGCAGGGAUUUAUUUGUUCAGGUUGCAACGAUUGAAUUAUAUAUAUUUUUUAAAUUAAGUCAAAUUUAUUACCUGAAAAUUGCUGUUAAAUGUUGCAUUUUUACAUAUCCACAUUUAAUUUAGUAUAUAAUAUAUGCGGAUGGAUUUGUGGUGGUGGUUUUGGAGUGUUCAGCUUCUGAAAUGAUACAUAAGUGCACAUAUGUGCUUUUACAAUCAGGUGUUAUUAGUUUGAAAAUAACUUAAAAAAAAAUAUGAUAUACACAGAAUGAUGCCAGCCACUAAGUAUUAUAACGAUCUACCUCCUAUCCGCAAAGAAGCUUCCACUCAUAUUGCUCACUUGGCAAUUGGUAUUUUAUAGAAAUUGUUCUUUGUAACUCUUGAGUAUACAAAUGUUUUCUAAAUGUUUUUUUUUUUUUUCACUUUUUCAAUUUAAGUUUUGUAAUGUUAUGUAGUAUUCAAUGUUGAUUCACUCGAUCUGUUUAUUGUACAAAGUAAGUCUGCCUAUUCAGUCUCUUGUUUUAUUUGUUUGCAAAUACAUUUUUUUUCAUAAAGAAUACUUCUGAUAUAGUAGUUAAGAAAAUAGUUAAAAAAUUAUCUUUACAUGCCAUUUUCUGGGUCAACCUUUCAGGACCAAUGACUGCAUCACUUCUACAUCUUGAGCUAGGCUUGGUCAGGACUAUCUUUGUUGGAAAUUUGUACUCAUAGUGUGUACGAGUACUCUUCUAAGUAAUAUAUAGACCUUAAAUGUAAUGCCAUUUUACACCUAAUAUAGUAUAUAUAGAGAAGAAAGUGAAACCAUGCCUUCUCAUUUCUAUAUCCUUCAAGUAACUAGAAAAAAAGCUACCAAGUUUACCAAGAAAGAAAAAGUUGACUCCCUUAAUUGAAAGAGAUGCCACACCUCAGGGGGCUAUCCUUAAGUUACCUGGUCAGGCAAACCACAUGCUGUAUU